AGAGUACCCAGAAGGCAGCACAAUCCACCGAGUGGUGCUGUGAUAUUGAGAGGUCAUACAUUCACGAAAAACAAGCAAAGCAAAACAGAGAAAGCCAGGAUGUCUGGAGAGCUGUCCCUCAACAUUAACAUCAAGGAGCCAAGAUGGGACCAAGGCACGUUUAUGGGGCGCGCCAAGCACUUCUUCAUGGUCACAGAUCCCAGAAACGUCCUGCUGUCCUCUGAGACUCUGGAGGAGGCCCGAGUGAUUGUGGAGGACUACAGAGCCGGCACCGCAAAGCCUGGCCUGACGGAGGAUGAGCUCUGGAGAGCCAAGUACGUCUACGACUCCGCCUUCCACCCUGACACAGGAGAGAAGAUGUUUGUGAUUGGCCGGAUGUCUGCUCAGGUGCCAAUGAACAUGUCGAUCACAGGCUGCAUGCUCACCUUCUACAGGACUACUCCAGCAGUGGUGUUCUGGCAGUGGGUUAACCAGUCCUUCAACGCUGUCGUCAACUACACCAACCGCAGUGGAGAUGCCCCCAUGACUGUGAAUCAGCUCGGUGCAGCCUACGUUAGUGCCACCACUGGAGCUGUGGUCACUGCCCUUGGACUCAAGUCUCUAGCUACGCGUCUUCCUCCAAUCGUCAGCCGGUUUGUCCCCUUUGCUGCUGUUGCUGCUGCUAACUGUAUCAACAUUCCCUUCAUGAGACAGAGGGAGUUAAAGUACGGUAUCCCUGUGACGGAUGAGAACGGAAACCGGUUAGGAGAGUCUCCUAAUGCUGCCAAGCAGGCCAUCAUGCAGGUGGUGGUGUCGAGGAUCGGCAUGGCAGUGCCAGCAAUGGCUAUCCCACCUGUUAUAAUGAACGCUCUGGAGAAGAGAGCUUUCAUGAAGCGAUUCCCAAUUCUGAAUGCUCCGGUCCAGGUGGGGCUUGUCGGCCUGUGCCUGGUGUUUGCAACUCCACUGUGCUGCGCUCUCUUCCCACAGAAAAGCUCUAUGAGUGUGAGCGGGCUGGAAGCAGAUCUGCAGGAGAGGAUACGACAGGCCAGUCCAAACAUCACCACCGUCUACUUCAACAAGGGCCUGUAGGACCAGCCAACACAUCUCCAUGCACACGCACAAGACACACAGACACUCACACAUAUUACGUACACAUGACUGUUGUCCUGUGGGCACAAGUGGGAGGGCAAAAACAAAAUUAAUUUAUGUUAUAUUUUGUUGUUAUGUGUACUGCUGCAAUUCUUUUUAUUUCACUGCAUGGAGCUGCUCCAAGUGUAAGAGUAGAAGAUUCACUGAAGGGAAAACUAAAGAUUUUGAGAAAGACGAUCACUGACAGUUCUUUGUGUGCAUCGAUGCGAUCCUAAGAAAAGAAAAGAAAAAUGACUCCUGGGAUAUAUAUAUAUAUUUUUUUUUAUUAUUAUUGUUUUGUGGUGUGUUUUCUGUCUUCCUCCAGUCAAAACUGCCUCUACAGGGUGGCAGUGACGAAGUUACUGAUUUGUGUUCCAGUCACCAAUAUUUCAGGAUGAAGGCCUGUGCUUGUAAGUCGUGUCUGUAAUUGCUUCUGAAUGUUAAAUGAUCUUUUGCCUUGUGCCCUUUGUCACUUAGAGUUUCCCAUUCUUGUCUAGUCUUCGUCGCAUUUGUUUGUAAUAUUUUAAGCUGUUACACACUGACUAUAGUAUGGUAAGAGUCUUGCCACCUUGUGAUUCCACCAUGUGGUUAUACUGGAAAAGCCAGUGCGUUGAUUAGCUCUAAAUACUCCAACCAUUGAUGAAUUACAUUCUCUUUUGUUGUACUCUUUGUAAACAGGUGCAGCUUCUUACUCUCUUCAACUCUUCUUUAAGUGUACUUAAAGCCCGUUCAUAUUCAUAGACUAGGUAAUGAGUUGCUAGGUACACGUGGCAAAAAAUAUGUAGAAAUUAUACUGCAAAAGCUCGCGAAGCACAGAGAGUGAUUUUUCUUUCUCAGCAUAAAUAUGUACUAUGCCAUGGAGGUGGCAGCCUGUUUUUUUAAGGCCUUCUAUUAUUUAAGAUCACUUUAUGAGCUAGUUGCCAACUUUUGCGGCAUAUUAAUGAAUUCUAUUGUUGUAGGAGGUAGUGUUUGUUUGGUGGUUGUGUCAGGUGGAGUUGUAUACCGUGUUGUGUCUACAUGUUGCUAAGAGGACAUGCUUAAUGUUUAAACGCAGUGAUGUGCAGAAGACGGACGACAAUGUAUUGCUGUUGUGACAUGAAAGCUUUUUUUGUGGGUGAGAUUUUAUCUGAGGGAUCAUAUGAGCAGGGUCAAAGCUGUCUGAUUUCAGUGGGACAUGCAGGGUUUUACGUGCAACACCUAUCUAGCCUUCUGUGAAACUGAGGUUUGCACCAGAGCGAUUAUCAUCAUACCAAAUGAAAAAAGCUAAAGUUACACAAAGUACUGAAUGCUUAUUUCUAGUUCAGUGGGUCAUGUGUGCUCAGUCUUUGUUGUUGUGUGGUUAAAGUGGACAGUUUGAGCUUCUCUCAUUUAAAUUGAUUCACUUUGAUCCCAAGCUCUCCAGUGUGCUAUAGUGAUAGAUGGUGUCUGUGAGGUGAGAUGAAUUUAUCCUGGUGUUGUCUGUCUGGAUCAUAUAAGAAUAAAUAUAUUUUUAUUGGAUCUAUUAAAUAAAUAAAUAUAUAUAUGCACAAUUUAUGAAGCACAUAUGCAUGAGGGAUUUUAGAGAUGUUAAGCAUAAGAAAACUCUAACAGCUGCUGGUGUCACACGAAUACAGAUGUGUGGGGUUAGAGCUACGAGGGGUUAAGAUUAGAAGAGUGUUCCUCUAAUCUGACUUGAUACAGUGAAUACAGUCACAGAUUACCAGCUACGAUUCAAUGUGGAAAGUGAUGUUUUGUGUACGCUGGUCACUACCCUACUACCCCCCGAGCAGUAAGAUUGUACAGGAUAUUUCAUUCAUCUUCGUCAAGCAUCUGUACUCACUUGAGUUUCUGAAAUUUGAAGUUGUACAAUCAAUAAUUUAAAGUAAAUUCUGGAGGUUAAGGUACUGUAGCACAACUUGAAAUACACAAUGAUUGUGUUUCUAUGAUCUCCUGAAACUGAAUCCAAAAUUUUACAAACAUACACGACCCUAUCCUGAAAGCGACGUCGUCUUAAUGAGUCUUUACUGAACAUGAAUGUCUCAUUUUGCAAUGAAAAUCUUCUUCCAACUGUUACCCUCUCACUGUCAUUCAUAUUUUCACAUAAACACAUAAAAACCUCUUGGAAAACGAACUAUCUCCCGGUCAAGACAUUUUUGUUCUGUUAUCAUUAUUGUGUGUUGUGUUUAGGGUGUUUUCCUGCUGAGGGUGAAACUGCACUAUAUAACCUUUGCUGUGCUGUUGUAGGAGCUAGUUGGACUUGUGUUGCUAUUUAAAAGGAGGUUUUUAAAAGUGAUAUUGAAGAUUGUAUUUGUUUGUCAUGCUGGAUAAUGUUGAAUGAACUAUGGUCGUGUUACUGCUAAUUUGUAUUUCAUUCAUUGUCUGGCAGCUUUUUCAUUGUUCAUAACCAAGUAAAUUAAUUUCUGCUUCUUUUUUUUUCUUUUUCUUUUUCUUUUGAAUUAUGGCGCAGAAGUGUCAAGAACAAAACUAGGAAGGGCUUUAAUCGGCAUUGAAACACAUUCAAAUUGUAAAUUGUGUCUCAGCUUGUGACUGUACUGUACCACCGCAACAUGUCGCACCAUAGGUCUAGCCAAAGAUAAGACGGGUAUGAAUUGUACAAGAUCGUGGAGAGGAAGCGCGUAGCUUUUUUUCAUUUCAGCUUUAUCGUGUGGACAUUCUUGCCAGACAUUUCUCCUGUUAAAACAUGUUUUUACAUGGUUUCUUUUUUCUUUACAAACGUUCUCAGUGCAACACCAAAUUUUCAAGAACGUCACAAAAGUACAUAAUAUGUUAACGGAUUGGAGAUUUAAAUAGAUCACAACACAGAGUUUAAUUUCUGUUAAAGGUCAUUUACUCUAUUCACAUCCCAACAGGUGCACUGGUUGAAAACAUGCCAUCAAAAAAAGUCACAUCUUUGCAUACUGAAGGCACAAAUGUAAAGACAAUCUGUGUUAUCGUUACACUUCAUUAAUGGUUUAAUUAUUUCAUGCACAUGCAGCCUAAACACAUGCAGUCCUGUCAGUAUUGUUACAGUGUUUUCUCCCUCUGUUUUGUAUUGUGUUGAAAUAUAUUUCCUUGAUGUGAAAUGUAUUUUACUCAGAGCAAUAGAAUAAAAUAUGUAACAUUUAA